AUGCAGCAAUACUCGCAACUACAUGUCUGUGGUACAAAUUACGUGAAAACAGAACUCCUGAAGAGCCAACAAACAUCCUCGGUGCACUGUUGCUACUCUACGAUUGCCACAGCAGAACGCUGGGAUGAUGGUCUGCCUUCGGAUUUUAGUAACACACCGCCUAAAGAUGCCCGUGUCGUCAUUUGUGGCGGUGGUAUUAUGGGAGCAGCAGUUGCAUAUCAGCUUGCCCAACGUGGAUGGGGACAACAUACAGUGUUAAUAGAACGAGGGCGCAUCGGGGAAGGCAAUCCAUGGCAUUUUAGCGGACUUCUGGGAGAACUUAAACAAAGCCAUUCGCAAGUGUUGCUUGCGCAAACAUCGCUUGAGUUGAUUCGGGAUCUGGAUGCGAAAGGUCUUCCGACAGGCUGGAAGCAAACUGGGUCUUUAAAUCUGGCACGAACUCGCGAUCGUAUGACUAUGUUUCGUCGGAUGAAAUCCCAAAGCGUGGCGUGGAAUGUUCAGUGUGAAAUAGUUUCGCCAGAAAAAUGCAAAGAACUUUGCCCAUUGAUAGAAAUCAGCGAUAUAGUCGGAGGUUUAUGGAUUCCAAAUGACGGAGUUGGCAAUCCUAAUGCUUUCUGUCACAGUUUGGUACAAGAAUCUCUGGAAAAAGGAGUAACAGUAGCGGAAAGUUGUUCGGUAGUUAAAGUUAUUCAAAAAGAUGGCCGUGUUAAGGCCGUUGAAACGAGCAAAGGCACUGUAGAAUGUGUAUAUUUCGUCAAUUGUGCUGGAUUCUGGGCUCGGCAAGUUGGGCAAAUGUCAGAACCAUAUGUAAAAGUACCCCUGCAUGCCGCGGAACAUUAUUAUCUUCAUACCAAACCGGUACCUGGAAUCAGUACACAGUUUCCGGUGGUGCGUGAUCUGGAUGGGCACAUUUAUUUUCGCGAAAACGAGGGGUGCUUGCUGGCUGGCGGAUUCGAGAUGAAAGCUAAACCUGCGUUUGAAGAUGGUGAAAUACCGGUUUCAACAUCAGAACGAAAAUUAAUUCCUGAUUGGGACCAUUUCCAUCCAUUACUCGAAGAACUAUUAAUGCGAUGUCCACAACUGAAAGAUGUUCCACUAGAUAGACUGUCCAACUGUCCGGAGGCUUUUUCACCAGACUGCAAAUGGAUCCUUGGAGAGGCACCAGAGAUCCAAAACUAUUUGGUUGCAGCAGGUAUGAAAACUGUCGGCAUGUCUGCCGCAGGAGGCGUAGGUCGUGCCAUAGCAGAUAUUAUAACGCAGGGCUACUCGACCGUCGAUUUGCAUGAGCUAGAUAUUUCUCGAUUCUUAGGGUUGCACAACAAUCGAAAGUUUCUUCGUGAUCGUGUUCGGGAAGUACCUGGGAUGCAUUAUGAUCUGAGCUAUCCCUUUCAUGAGUUUCGAACUGGAAGAAACUUACGCAUGUCGCCUAUUUUCCCUGCCCUUAAGGAGGCAGGUGCCGUGUUCAGUCAAGUCAUGGGGUACGAACGCCCAGCCUGGUUCGACAGGAAGCAUUCGCAGGAUGAAAAGGGAAGCCCAAAGUUUCGCAUUGCUACGACACACGGGUUUGGGAAGCCUCAUUGGUUCGAGCAUGUGCAAAGCGAGUAUGAAAACUGUCGUGAGCGAAUAGGGAUGAGCGACUACAGCACGUUUACAAAAAUUGAUUUAUGGUCAAAGGGUGGCGAGGUGAUCGAUUUGUUACAGUACCUUUGCUCUAACGACGUUGAUCAACCAGUUGGAUCCAUAAUUCAUACGGGUAUGCACAACCGCCAUGGAGGGUACGAGAAUGAUUGCUCCUUAGCACGUUUAUCAGAGAAUCAUUAUAUGAUGAUCGCACCAACGGUACAACAGGCACGAUGCAAGGCGUGGAUUGAAAGACAUCUACCACCAGGAGGCCGAGUUAGCGUAUCGGAUGUUACGUCCAUGUAUACAGCAAUCUGCAUAAUGGGCCCUUUCACUCGCAUUAUGCUUUCCGAAUUGACAGACACCGAUCUUUCGCCGAAAAAUUUUCCCUUCUUCACGUGUAAAGAAUUGGAUGUUGGUCUCGCGAAUGGAAUUCGUGCUUUAAACCUAACGCACACGGGUGAACUUGGGUAUGUUCUGUACAUACCGAAUGAAUUUGCACUUCAUGUAUAUACGAAAAUAAUGGAAGCAGGCCAGAAGUAUGGCAUCCGACACUGCGGAUAUUACGCCAUGAGAACGUUACGAGUGGAAAAGUUUUUCGCAUUUUGGGGUCAGGAUCUAGAUACAUUUACUACCCCGUUGGAAUGUGGUCGAAUGUGGCGUGUGAAGUUUGACAAAGCUGUUGACUUCAUAGGUAAAGAAGCGUUGCUUCAGCAGCGAGAAAAGGGUGUUGAACGAAUGUACAUCCAAUUAUUAAUCAACGAUCACGAUCCAGACGUUGAUCUUUGGAGCUGGGGUGGAGAGCCGAUUUAUCGUAACGGUGUUUAUUCCGGACAAACCACAACGACUGCAUAUGGAUUCACAUUCAAAAAACAAAUAUGCCUUGGUUUUGUAAAAAAUCUUCAUCGAAGUGGCCGAGCGCUUCCAGUCACCAACGAGUACGUCCUCAGUGGAGACUAUGAAGUAGAAAUUGCAGGUAUUCGCUACCCGGCUAAAGCUAACCUUCACUCUCCGAAUCUUCCCACGAAAUAUCCCGACCAAGAACGGGAGGCCUACAAAGCAACACGAGACAAAACAGAUGAAAGUAAUUUGUUAGCGUUUAGAACAAACAAAUAGCGUGUUUAUUUUGAUCUUUUGAACACUUGCUUUAGUUUUUUUUAAAUAUGAUAUUUGUUGAGAAAUUAUACGAGAAAAAAGUUGAAUAAAUUAUUUUCUUAAU